AUGGGGAUAGAUUCCUUAGGUCGACUCUUAGGCAAGAUACGUGACCUCGCACAGAUGCAGGGGGAAAAACAGGGCCAGGAGGGUGUGCCUUCCUUCGACCAUUAUUGGUCUGCUGUGCUUCAAUCCGUCGGUGUUCCAUACGGGAUGGACAUCUUCACUUCCGAAGAAGAUGCCGGCACUUCUAGACCCGACGACUCUCAGCCAGACGCCAUUACUAUCACUGAGGUUUCCUUGAAAGGCAUCGUGCAUACGAGCCUUGCGCCGCAAGAUUCAAACGCACCUGAAACACAAAGAUCGGAUGGGGCUAUCAUUGUCGUUGGCGUUGGGCCACAGGUUGUAGAGAACGACGCCGGUCCAUACUCCGAGGAUUUACACGUCUUGCAGCUGUCUGAGGUGGUCGAAGAGGUACGAGAAGGCAUUGAAGAAGUCGAGAACAUAACCGCUGAUACCGUACGGACCGCGACCAAGCGUAUGGGCUCUAUCAAAGAAGAUCUUAGUAGGGCGCAGCGACUCAAGGAGGGGAGGGAGCGUUUGGAGAAAGGCAGGGACGGCUGGCGAAGUGGCGCUUACGAUUUUUGA